AAACACUUCUCAUCAGGGUGGACCGGACGAAGUGUCGUCGGUUUAAUUGGAAGCUAAAGGAAAACGACAUGUCGGCUUUAUAGACUAUGAAGAGACCACCAGAAGCGGAAGCUUACUGUAUAAGCGCCAAUGGCAUCCAUGGCAGCGGCAUACACUGUCAUCUUUUCAUCUCCCACUCUUCUUCAACAUUCCUUUAACCCUUCACAAACUCGACCUCAUCCAUCUAUUACCUCAUUCAAACCGAUAGUCUCUUCCAAAGCAAACCCUAGCAAUGGUGUCUUCAUUAGGAGUAGAAACUUCUGUACAGCACCAGUUAGUCGGGAACGCAGGUAUAAGGUGCUUACUGUUUCUAGUUUGGUUGAUGGUUAUACUGGAGACGACGAUGAACCUUCGCAGAGAAAUUCGGAUACGGGGGCAGCCAUUGACAUAAAGCUUCCAAGAAGAAGUUUGAUGGUAACGUUUACGUGUAAUCAAUGUAGUGAGAGGACGAAGAGACUCAUUAAUCGAUUAGCUUACGAACGAGGGCUUGUUUUUGUUCAGUGUGCAGGGUGUCAAAAGUAUCACAAAUUGGUUGACAAUCUUGGCCUUAUAGUAGAGUAUGACUUCCGGGAGGAGGACGUGGAUUUGGACUCAAGUUCAGAUCAAGUUUGAUGUGGUUCAACAAUGUCAUUUCUCUUUGCAACUUUCACUUCAAAUCGGCCCCAUUUUUUGAAAAUUCAUACUGAAGGUUGAUGCACCUUUCUUUUUCAAAAUCAAUUCCUCUGGGGGACAGAUACAUCACAGUUUGGCAGGCAAAUUGGAUUGUUAUUGAUGGGGUAAAGGUAGGCUUGUAUCAGCAGCUAGUCAUGUUGAUGUAUAACUUUGACAAUCAUAUGCUUCAAUGAGCUGAUACAGAUUUAUUAAGAAGGAAUUAUCAGUUUACUCAAUUCAAAGGUUGAACUCUAGAAAAAGGAACGAUUGAUUUACUA